AUGGUUUUUUAUUAUGGGAUUGUCGCCCUGAUAUUCUCUUCUCACUUCUUUGCUUCGACAACCGCACGCUUAGCCGGAUUCCGAGGUCCCUUGACUAUCGCUCGAGAUGAGGACGGAUUCAUUGAAAGUACAGACCUUCGUUUCGAUUAUCUGAUGUUGACGUUAAUCUAUCCGGUCGCAGUCUGCAGAGCUGACGACGAUGCUGUAAAGGAUUCUUGUGAAGUUCCGGACGGAACUCCGAGCUGGACAGUUCAUGGGCUAUGGCCCAACUACGCCAACGGCUCAUACCCCCAAUUCUGCACUCGCCAGAAAUUCGACAUCGAUCUGGUGAGCCCGAUCUUUGAGGAGCUGAAGAAGGAUUGGCCCAACUUGUACCCGAAUCGCCAAGUAUCCUCUCUGUGGAAGCAUGAAUACGAGAAGCACGGCACAUGCGCCUCAUCAGAUCCGAUCUUGGAGUCUGAGCUUAAAUAUUUCCAAAGUACCCUAAAACUCCACGAACGGUUUGACGUUGCUGGAGCUUUGAGCGGAGAAGGAGUCAAGCCAGCUGAGACAAAGCAAGAACUCCUCGGAGACGUUCGCCUAUGUCUCGAUCUAAACCUAGAAUUGAUUGAUUGCCCUAAACACGCAAAAGCCGUUUCAGCCAGCCCGCAUCUGCCUGAUUUUAGGCCUUGCACCAACUCGAUCAUCUACUUGCCGAACACGCCGAAGGCCAUGCUUGAGCAGCAAGAUCAAUAUGUUGAGGCUUCACUAAUGUUAUUCCCGGCCUCAACAUUCUUCGCUCUGCUGCGCCCUCUGGAAUUCUUGAUUCUGGCUGUAAUCUUCCUAUUUGUUUUGCUAAUCUCGCUAUGCAAAUUGCAUCUGGAGUGGAUUAGGGAGCGGCAGUUGAUGAACGACAAGAACAACAACAGGAUGGGGGGCGGG